AUGGAUUUCUCUCGCCCAAGUUCUCUCUCUGGUCUCCCGGAGCAAGAUGAGAAAUAUCUCACCAGUGAACCGAUGAGUCCUCAGACUCGACCAGUUGACUUCUUCCCUGUCACCAAAGAAAUUCUUGAUCCUGUUUCCGACAAUUGGACAUGCGACAGCGCAAUCGAUCUUUCCACCUUGAAUUCCACGGCCAUGGAUCCCCUUUCUUUUGGCGUGUCUAACAAGUUAGCCGGCAUAGGGCCAAAGUAUUUCUUUAAUGACCCCUUUGCCAUUCCGGCUGGGAUAAAUGGAUUCACAUUGCCCGUUGUCGAGGAUAGCACUUCAGUAUCAUCGGAGUUUGAUAGUGACGAUCAAACAAGGUCAUUCACGCGCCCAUCCUUCGACUCAACCGCAUCUGAGCCUGAGCCACCCGUCGAUCAAGUGACGAAGACGGUUUCUACUCAAUACAAUGCUCAACCGCAACGUCGGACCUCCUCAGCGGACUCAACGAACCGGAGCACAGCAAAUUGCAAAUCUCGCAGUCCAUCAGAGGAUCCUUCUUAUUGCCUGUCGACCGGCAAUCAGGAUCCACAGACGCGCAACGCCGCCAAGCGUGCCGCUCAUAACGUCAUCGAGAAACGAUACCGUUCAAACAUGAAUGCGAAAUUCAUUGCGUUGGAGAAAUACACCUCUCCCGCAAGCAUUCAGAAAGGUAGCUCCAAGGGCGGGGCGGGUUCUUUGAAGAAAUCCGAGAUACUCACAAACGCCCUCGGCUAUAUCGAAAACAUGCAGCAAGAAAACCAGACUUUGCGCAAGGAAUUGAGCUUUCUGAAACAGAAUCUGCUGCCGGGGAGGCCGUGGCAACCUUCCAAUCAGUUUUGA